AUGGUCAUGGAUGUCGCUCAUACGUCUAUGAUCCAUGCGGCUGCUCCCCAUUUUCUGUGGUCGUUCGCGGUUCAGUACGCGGCGCAUCAGAUCAACCUUCAUCCCCAGGUCUCCAUGCCGAAGACCUCCCCUGCUCUGCGGUGGAAGGGGAAGGUUGGCGAUGCGUCUGCGUUCCGGGUCUGGGGAUCUCGGGCGUUUGUUCGCGACUUGUCUGCGGACAAGCUAUCCCCCUGUGCUGUUCCCUGUGUCUUCCUUGGCUUCCCCCUUGACGCGCCUGGUUGGCAGUUUUACCACCCCACCUCGCGCCGUGUUCUGUCCUCCCAGGAUAUCACGUUUGACGAGUCGGUUCCCUACUACCGUGUGUCCCAGGUAGACGCACUCGAGCCUGUCGAGGUAGCUGUUGACUCUGGUGCUGCUGGGGGUGCUGAGCCUGCGGGUGCGGGGUCUGGGGGUGCUGAGCCUGGGGGUGCUGAGCCUGAGGGUGUUGAGCCUAGGGGUGCUGACACUAGGGGUGCGGAGCCUGAGGGUGCUGGGCCUGCUCGUGUGGGGUCUGGCGGUACUGGGUCUGGAGGUCCUUCAGGUGCUUCGUCCCAGCGGGAGCUACUCUCUCCACGGGAGCUGCGCGAGUGGUUUGCUCGGCGCUGGAGCCGUACUACUAGAUCUGGAGGUGCUGCUGGUGUUGGAGGUUCUACUGCUGCUGAGGGUGCUGGUGCCACGGGUCCCGGAGGUGCUCGUACUGGAGGUACUGGAGCUGCUGGGCCUUGGGGUGCUCCUUGUGCUGGAGCUCCUGGAGGUACUGGAGCUGGCUGUGCUGCUGGAGUUGGUGCUGGUGGAGGUGCUGGAGCUGGAGCUGCUGCGUCUUCUAGUGGUUCGGCUGGAGCUGGAGCUGCUGGGGGUGUUUGCGUUGGAGGUGCUGCUAGUGCUGGUGAUUCAAGGGGUGCUUGUGUUGGCGCUGCUGGAGCUGGGGGUGCUACUGGAGCUGGUGCUGCCGUUGGGGGUGCUGGUGCUGUUCCAGCUGGUUCUGGGGGCGCUGCGCAGCCACGGCCGUACUUCGUUCCGCUCCUUGAGCAGGUUCUUGGUCUUCCGCCCUCUAGUGGUCCUUCUCCUCCCUUAGAGUGUCCACCGCCUGUCCAGUCCGAUUCACAGUUACAGCCCGCCUUCCCACUGCCUGCUCCUUUUCCCUACACUGGUCCUACUGGAGGUCUUGUUGAGCAUCGUGAGCCUGCGUCUCGUCCUGCGUUGCCUUUCCGUGCUGCUCGCACCAGUGGCCGUGGUUCGCGUCAGCGUCCUCCCCCUGUCCCCGGCACGCACCGGAUGUCUCUGCGUCCUUCCACUGCUCGGCAGCGUGUCCCUUUGCCAUCUCCUCCCGAGUUUUCCCUUCCUGCUCUUGCUGACCUGGAGUCGGACUCUCUUCGUGCUGCCAGUCCUACUGUCACGCGUCUCCUUGCUACUGUUGUCACUGGCCCUUCCUUUGAGUCCACUGCUGCGUCUGCCUUAGUUGCUGAGCUUUUCGACUUCGCUGCUCACUGUCGUCUAGACUACGCCGCUAGUCUUGGUGCUGAGUCUGAGUCUGUCUGUCCUCCAUCCGUCGGGGGUGAGUGUGCUUUUGGCACGGACAUCCUUGAGGACAGGCAGGAGGAGUUCCAGUGCAUUGCUGCUGCUUUACCUCAUCUCGUGUCCAUGCUGCUUGCCCCUGAGGGAGACCCGGAUGCACCAGACAUACCCACUCCGCGCUCUUAUGCAGAGGCGAAAGAGGGUCCCUACUCCUCUCAGUGGCACGCAGCCAUGGACGCAGAGAUGGCUUCCUGGAAGUCCACAGGCACCUACGUCGACGAGGUUCCCCCACCUGGGGCGAACAUCGUCAGUGGCAUGUGGAUCUUCAGGGUGAAGCGGCCGCCGAGUUCUCCGCCUGUCUUCAAGGCACGAUACGUGGCUCGAGGCUUCAGUCGGCGGCAGGGAGUUGACUACUUUCAGACCUUCUCUCCCACCCCGAGGAUGACCAAUCUUCGGGUGCUACUGCACAAAGCCGCUCACCGCGACUACGAGCUUCACUCUCUUGACUUCAGCACUGCUUUCCUACAGGGCAGCCUGCACGAGGAGAUCUGGCAGCACCGCCCACCUGGCUUCACUGGGUCGUUUCCUCCUCGUACCUAG